AUGGUCAGACUUGAACUUGAACCACUUAACGCUUUGGUGAAGGUAUUUUCAUCAGGGCAGAUUCAUUUACCACGCAAGCCGAUAAGUGAGACCAGUCUUCCUUAUCCGCUUGCCUCAGACGUAUCCGUGCAAGAUUUCAACUCUUUCAUCGAAAGCAAAGACAGGAUUGGAUACAAGAUUGAGUAUAAAAACGGCACUGUAUUCAUAGUUGAUAUGCCCACAGCUGAACAUGAGAAAGUUGUUAUUCUGUUGAUCAAACGCUUUGAUGUUCCAAACGGUGGCGUUCGCGAUUUUAAUGCUCCACUACAAAUUGUUGGACAGUCAUGUAAGGGAAUUCCUUCCAGUUUACUUGAUCUUUGGCUUGUUGAUUUCAUAUCAUCUCCUUUCCACACAGUACACGAAUCGCCAAGUCGAGAUGGAUCCCGUAUAAUGCCAGAUCUCGCUGUCCAACCACAUCAUCUUUUUGUUCCACAACCACCAGUCCCACACCCUAGCCCCCCUCCGAGUAAUACGAGAGGAAACCCUUAUUCGAGGAUAGUGGUUGAAGUAGCCAUGGGCCAAAGCUCCUCCUCCUUAAAAGACAAGUGCAGGAAAUGGAAGCGAGAGCCGUAUGUACGAGCCAUACUCGGCAUCAAGCUUUACGAAAUAAAGGAUACACGCAAUGCACAAGGAUACAGAGAUCGGGCCAUGAAGGCUAUUCUUUGGCGACAAGGGGUGCGAAGGCAAACGUGGAAAUUUGGGACCAUCAACAAAGACGGAUCUGCUACUGGCGUUAAUGGUUGCAAUGCCCUAAACAACCCGGACUAUAUAAUCAACAUCCCCGUUAGCGACGUGUUUUACGAUCCGCCGGUUCCUGCCAUUGGAUAUGUUCCAUUUGCACCACCGCCUGCUGCAUUGAUGGCUACUAAUAUUACCAUCGACUUAUAUGAAGUUCAGCAAGUAGUUUUACCUGUCCAGCCAGACUGA